CUCUUAUUUUACACUUCCUCCGUUACUCAUGCUGCUCGUGAUGUUCUUUCUCCCAACAUCCCUGGGCCAUAAGAAAACCCAAGCAGGAUGAAAGGGGGAGGGGGGGUGCUGAUGGUUGUUGAGAAUGAGGUCGUCGGGGGAAUGACACCCGGCACCGGCUUUCCUGCAAGUUUGAUCUCUUCGCACAGCUGCGCCAUUGUGUAACAAGGAAACGAACGACCCAGCACUGUGAACCAAUCCGCACACUUCCCGCCCGAAGACCUUUGUUCGGCGGUCCACGUCAUCUCGGCGCCAAGCAAGCGCGCGCGGUGUUCCUGAUGCCACGGACACACAAAAUUCGGGCGCGCGCGCGCUCAUUUCACUUCCUUCUGUUCAACACCCUCCGCUCAUCCCCUCCCCUCCUUGUCCACCUUUCGCAGCAACAGCAGCAAUUGAGGCGGAAGCGGAAGAGGUAUUAUCGCCCUGCCCGGGACCCUUGAUCCCGUGACAGAUGGAGAAACGGUACAACGACCCAAGAUGAAGCACCUGGCUGCUCAUUGAGAAGAUGACAGCUGUGUCCGCAUAGAGCUGAUUAGAUGACAGCCCCACCUUGAGGCCAGCACGAAUUCCCAUUCACGAUCCUUCCUACUCGUUCCAGGACUGCUGCUCACCAUUUCCUCAUGAACAGGAUGGCAGAUGCUGGGGAUCAUCAAGGCGAACAUUCAAGCGUUUCUCCGCCAGUGAGAAUCGCAGUCACCUACGUGUACACCGAUGAGGCGUAAACGGUAAUGACAACUUAAGUCACAGGGAUGGAGAUCAGUUCGGUAUGAAAAGGGCGGAGACACUGGCGGGUUCAACGGAAAAUCUCGAAAUGGCACCAGAACCGAGGACAGUGCCCAACAGAGUGGCCAGAUUCGGUUGGUAUAACACCGUGAGGGUUUGAAGGACAGAGACCAGGAAUCAUGAGUCAAAAUAUUGCCAACCCCACCGAAUCGCGCUGCCCUGUACACGUCAUCCCUGCUCCUCCCAGAUGAGACAAUUUCCGUUGACUUCUUCUUCCGGUGAACGUUGGCCUCGUCUUGUUUUGGUUCUCCCAUUCUAGCGCCCAAAACAUCCUUCAAGGACUCAUGGCGUUUCCCUUGAAACCCUUGAAUUUGGAAGGUUUCUACACUGAUGCCGAAGUUCUUUCGGAUAUUCGAUGCACCGGUUUCGUGCGGUCUGCUGAAUCUCGACCUGGCAUCCCAGCCAGUCAACUCAUCUCCAAGCAUUUACGGAGAACGUGGCGAAGUAUCGCUGAGAAGAGGACUACGGAAUGAUGCGCGUUCAACACUGUGCAAGCUCAAGGGAUUGACAAUACUGUAUAAGGAUCUGCACUGUCUAACACUGACGAUGACUUCCCGCCAUCUGUCUCGACGAAUUAUGGCAAAAGCAAAUCCUUCAAGAGUUCACUAGACCAAUUUAGAGGAAGUAAUGCACAGAGCAAACAUACUUUGCCCUGAACUCUGGUUCUUUACUUGUUUUCACCAUUUUUGACGAGCCUUAGAUCGGAAGAGUUUUUGGUUCUCAAGCUCAAAUGCAAUCCAGUCUCAUGCCAGCACUGUCCAUGCAACAAGAAAUAAAAUGGAAAUAAACAUCACAUUGAUAAGAAAAAA